GAUGUUGAAAUGUCUUUACAUCAACUUAUCUUCAGUCUAUCUCAGUUCUAUUAAUAGUGUAAAUAUGUCAACUAAAACGUUUGGUGCAGCACCCCAAUUAGCUACGCAUGCCUGAUGUUUUUUCUUUAUUCUCAAACCAGUUGCGCAAGUUGUCCAGCGUAUCACGGUGUGAGCCGGCGUGACGCGGUGCCUGCCCGGGUAUCGGCGGCGGAGAGAGGCUUAAAGAGACAACAGCAGAAUCAUAGCAACUUGAGGGCAAGAGAAACGCAAUGAGAAAGAUACCCACAAACGAAGAACCAUGACUUCGACUGCAUUUCGAUAGCUGACAUUCAAAGAUAUCCAGCUAACAUCAAACCUAUCGGAUUCCUGUCUUUCUCAUCGCUGUUUUCUUUGACUCUGGGUUGCCACGUCUGAUGCAGCCCUGCAACAUGGAGAGUGUUCACUGUGUCACUGAAGGCUGACCAGAAGGAAUGAGGAACUUCAGGAGAUGUUCCAAAGUGGCCUUGUGGAUGCAGUAGCUGGGUUUCGGAGUGCUUUUUUAUGACUAGUAUUGUAUGUGUGUCUGUGGGCACAUACUCUCACAACCUGCCUAUUCUUCAGGCACGGACGUGCUACUCUGAGACUGGAGCUGGAGAAAACCCAAGAUUGGAGCCCCUCUAGUAAACAAGAAACGCAAAGUAAAAAGGGAAGCACUCAUCAGAAGAGCUGUUGGAUUGACACACAGGGCACUUCAACUCAUUUAAGUGUCUUCUGAACCAUUGCACAUUUGAACAGCAACACCUUCCUCUGUCCUGUGAGAUUGUGUCUCCCUACCCCUCCUUAAAGAGUCCUCUGUCCUUGUCAUUGGAGUUUCUAUGAUUUGCAUGGCUGGCGAAUAACCGUGGAGAGGCCAGGAUAUCACAAGCUUAUGGAUUUUGAUAAGAGAGGGGGCAAAGGAGAGACAGAGGAAGGGAAAAAGAUGUCUAAGACAACAGGCAGCAGGACUGGACAUGGGGGCCGGAGUUCGGGGACCAAUUCUGGAGUGCUUAUGGUUGGCCCAAACUUCCGUGUGGGUAAAAAAAUUGGCUGCGGGAACUUUGGAGAGCUGCGGUUGGGAAAGAAUCUCUAUACUAACGAAUAUGUGGCCAUCAAAUUGGAACCUAUAAAGUCCAGGGCACCGCAGCUCCAUUUGGAGUAUAGAUUUUACAAACAGUUGGGGAAUUCAGAGGGAAUCCCACAGGUGUACUACUUUGGUCCAUGCGGGAAAUACAACGCCAUGGUACUGGAGCUGCUUGGGCCCAGUCUAGAGGACCUGUUUGACCUCUGUGACCGCACCUUCUCCCUCAAGACCGUCCUCAUGAUAGCCAUACAGCUGAUAACGCGGAUGGAGUAUGUCCACACCAAGAGUCUGAUAUACAGAGACGUGAAGCCAGAAAACUUCCUUGUUGGGCGGCCAGGAAGCAAGAGGCAGCACACGAUCCACAUCAUUGACUUUGGUCUGGCCAAAGAGUACAUAGACCCUGAGACCAAAAAACACAUCCCCUACCGUGAGCACAAGAGUCUGACUGGGACAGCACGCUACAUGAGCAUCAACACACACUUGGGAAAGGAGCAAAGCAGAAGGGAUGAUUUGGAGGCACUGGGUCACAUGUUCAUGUACUUCCUCCGAGGUAGCCUCCCCUGGCAGGGCCUAAAGGCAGAUACUUUGAAGGAGAGGUAUCAGAAAAUUGGAGACACCAAACGAGCGACACCCAUUGAAGUGCUUUGUGAAAGCUUCCCUGAAGAGAUGGCCACCUAUCUGCGCUAUGUAAGGAGGCUGGACUUCUUUGAGAAGCCUGAUUAUGACUAUUUAAGGAAGCUCUUCACUGAUCUGUUCGACAGGAACGGUUAUGUCUUUGACUAUGAAUAUGACUGGGUCGGCAAAUCACUUCCCACACCGAUAGGUCCCAUCCCCAGUGACACGCCCCUGCAGCCCAGCAGCAGAGACAAAGCACAACAGCAGACCAAAAACCAGGUGAUGAGCUCAACGAAUGGUGAGCUGAACACUGAUGAUCCCACAGCUGGACACUCUAACGCUCCCAUCACCGCUCCCACCGAGGUUGAAGUGUCUGACGAAACCAAGUGCUGUUGUUUCUUUAAAAGGAGAAAGAGGAAAGCCCUCCAGAGGCACAAGUGAAAGAAGAGAGUGGAGAGAACUUGAAACAUUGUGGUCACUGUCAAGUUUUAAAUGGAAGCAACUACACAGACCCCCACUGUCCCUUAUCUCUUUCCAGUUUCCCCCUCACCUCUUUAUCCCUCUCACCUUCUCCCCACUGUCACUCUGUACCUCACCCCCUCGCGCUCUCUCUUUCUCGUUCUCAGUGCUCCCCGGCUACUGGGAGUUAAAGGAAUGUUGCAGUUCUACUGACUCCACAACAAGACUCUUGAUUCCUUUAUCGACAAAAAAAUAAACGUAUCUGCAUUACAGAGGGGCUUGAGAAAAAGUUAAAAAGCUGUAACAAUGAAACACGAAUACCGUGGCGUGAAUAUGAAAAAAAGAUACUGUUUGAAACAGACGUUUAUUCUAGAUUCCACAAGAACGUGUGUUGGUCCAACAGUCAGCUGUUGAUCAGGGGAACCAUCGAGUGGUUCAAGUGAAAGAAAUCUGCUCCGUGGGAUUUAUUUUUCCUUUUCUUCCUUUGGUGUGUGUUUUGGGAUCAAGGUAAAGAGGAAAAGGUGAACUAUGAUGAUGUUGAGUUUGAGUGACACAGGAAGCAUUUCAUCUAUAAAACAGAAUUUGGAGGAUUUUAAUGUUUUUUUUCUUUAUAUUUUCUUUCUUUUUUGUAAUUGAAUCCUCAAUUUUCGAAAUCAAAGCCCUGCAUUGAAAACGUAUUUUUAUGUUUUAGUGUUCUGGAGUUCAAGUCUUUUCCUCACUCAAGUUUUCUUUUUGUCUGUCAAUGUGGACUUUGUAGCACAGUCACUGGCCUCAGGUACUGUGGAAGAUUGAGAGAAAUGGAUAUGAAGCUCUCUUAUUAUUAUUGCACUUUGGAAAAAGAAAAAAAAAGAAAACAAUUACAGUGGAAAACUUUAGGAUUGAAAUUAACAAUUAAGAAAACAAGUUAAUAAAGACUGAUCUAGGAAGAGUCCUUCACCACGCUUAUAUCUGAGUUAUGGCCGAAAAAUUUACAUGAAGAAAAAAGGAGAUGUGUCUUUCGAUUUUUACUUCUCACAUCAAAAUAAUUUACCAGGAAAUCAUAGUUUGUGCCUUUCUAAGUAAACGUUUUAAAGCUCAAGUGGGUGUCCCGCAAUGACAUUUUAUCUACUCUGUCACAAAUACUCUCUGUGUGUGUGUGUGUGUGUGAGAGAGAGAGAGAGAGAGAGAGAGAAAGUAGUUUAAUAUGUUUAAUGAACGUGUGCACAUCACUUGCUCUCACAUAGUAUACUUCCCUUCAUCUGCUGUGACAAUCAACACACAUGUACAGUGGUGGUGUUUGGAUUGGAGAGAUCAGUACUGUGUGUGUGUGUGUGUGUGUGUGACAGAGAGAGAGAGAGAGUGUGUGUGUGUGUGUGUGUGAGUGAGUGAGUGAGAGAGAGAGAGAGUGUGAGGUCUCACUGACAACCCAAAUCUGUCUGAACCAUUGUUUCAUUUUGUCAGGAAGUCACAGACAGACCGCUCAAUGAGGUUUACUUUGUAUGAGGUACAUCAUGUCUAUGAAGUUAAUGGACUGCUGUUUCUGAAAACAAAGAAGCCUUCCAAAAAGUCAGUGUACUGAACUGGAAAAACAAUUGCCCUUUGAGUUCCUUGUUGCUGCUAACAACUGUAGUUUCAUGUAGGGCUGCAACUAAUGAUUAUUUUCAUUAUCAAUUAAUCUGCUGACUAUUUUUUUUAAUUAAUCAUUUGGACUUUAAAACAUCAGAAAACUGCAAAUAAUUACCAUACAAUUAUCCCAGGCCCCACAUCAUCAAAUGUCUUAUUUUCUCCAACUAACAGUCCAAAACACUAAAAUAUUAAUUUAACUAUAAUGUAAGACUAAGAAAAGUAGAGAAUAUUCAGUCAAAGGCCUGGAACCAUCAAUGUUUGGCAUUUUUGCUUAAAAAAUGAUUAAUUGAUUAAAAGAAUAGUUCCUGAUUAAUUUUCUUUUUUUAUUGACUAUAAUCAUUGCAGCUCUAGUUUCAUGUGUCUCUUUGUUUCUUUUAUAUGUGUUCUUUGUUUCCUGGCCAAGAUGAACGAUGUAUGUCUUGCUUGGUGCUCUGUCUGUGUUCAGGAGUGUUUAAAUUUCCCCGAAUGUUUCAAGCUCAUCAGAGAUUGCAACUUUUAUGGCCUUCAGUUAUUUAAAGGAGUAAUCCAGCGAUUUUAAUAUUGCCCAUGCUUUAAGUUGGCUCACUCACAAGGCAUUACAAUAAAGUGGUCUAUCAAAGCAGUAGUAGUCAAGAUAUCCUGACUAGUGAGUCCAAUUCCCCAAAAUACUGGAUCCUACAUUUCUCAUAAUGCAACUGGAGUGUCUUUCAUUAGAUCUUUAUUUCUGCCUCCUAAAUCCCCCCUCCAUAAAUCACCCUUGCCCAGUUUGUAAUGGAGGCAUCCUGUUAAAAAAGAGAAUUGCCGAGCCCAGGAGGAAGCAACCCCGAGGAGAUCGUUAUUAUAUCUUAGGGCUUAUUAUUUAAGAAUAAAGAAAGCUCCCAGCGGUGAAUAGCUUAACUUCAUGAGUAAAAUCAGUCGAGUGUCCCAUUUAAAAAAUAAAAAGACACCACUUGAGCCUCAUUAUUAUAAUCCCUUCUAGUCUAACUUUAGACAACUGACUGAGCAGUAAUGUCACCACUGAGUGAGAACGAUGACCACGAACACACGUGUCAAAAAUAAGAAACGGAAGGUUAGGUUGUUUUUCCUCUUCAGAGCAAUACAUAUUGCAAAUGUAUAAAUCCACACUGAUGGAUUGAAAACAAAUACUAGACGUCAGAGGCCAUUUGAGAUGCUGCAUUUCAUUUCAUUGUCAAUUUCAACACAAUUCACCCAAACAACAUCUGCUAAUGGGGGGGGGGGGGGGGGGGGCUCUAUUGAUUUUAAGUUCUGAAGGAGAGAUUAAUAUGUGUUUGUAAAAGCAUGAGUUCGAGGACUAAAGGAGUUUCCGUGCUUGAAUCACUCAUGCGAACAACAGAAAGGGAAACAAACAUGUGGGAACUGUCGGCCUAUUGUAACUCAGUUUUCGAAACCUCUAAUUAACCAUCUAAUUGAUGCUGCACCGUAGGCGUGUACAUUGCAGAGCUGUAUAACUCUAAAGACAACACAAAUGCAGUUGCUCGGAGGACGACGCUGCACCAGCGCGCCUUUGCGCGUGAAGUCGUCGUAUGUAACUCAAGUGCCGCUGAAAAGCUUUUGUUGGCGCAUUAAAUUAUUCUCUGAAAGCUAAGCGGUUCAGCUGAACCACCUUGGCAUAAUCCAUUACACUGCGUUUAUUAUAUGAUUUGAUAAUUGAAAUCUUUUUAUUUUUUUUUGGGAGAUGCUCAGACCAAGGUUGAACUGUGUUUUUGCUCAGCGUCUGUUAGUGUAACUAUUUGCAUUAUGUAUUUGUAAAUAUGACAACGACAGAUCUCUAAUUGUGAAUAAAGGAAGUUUUAUCACAGGAGUCAAAUCAA